UAUAGCGAUAAACUUGUUUACCGAAACAAUAUAAUUAAUUCAAUCAACAGAAAGCCAUUAUAAAAGAAGUUUCAUAUAUUUUGAUUAUUAUAAAAUAUUUUUGUAAAUAACAGAAAAUUUAAUUUAAAUAUAUAGACUCCAGAAGCGACUAAUUACUACGACUAAUCUUAAAGUAGAUCACGUUUUAAAUUUAAUUUGAUUUAUUUUUGUAACACAUUUCAAUAAAGAGAGGCGCUGCUAUAUUGAAAAGUAUUAUCACGGAUCGUUAACGCGGUCUUAUCAGAAAGAAGAAGAGGGAUUUUCAUCUUUUGUUACAUUUUCAAAUAUCAAAAUCGUGAAACUGAAAAACGUGAUCUUGACGGAGAUGCGAAAGAAAAUUCGAGAGAUCUCCGUCGAAGCUACGUUUUCGUCUACAUGAAGUUUCGCAUCUAUCGUGGAUUUCCGCCAGUAAAUCCGUUAAAGAAGAGCUUCUUCUGCAAAGAGUUAUGUCGCGAGCGACUCUUGCGCAUAUUUGACGCGUACGUGAAUGGAAGGAUUAAAUAAAAUAGGUCGCGUCGCGUCGCAUCGUAUUAGAACUGCGACAAAUUUUAUCGUAGAUUCAUAUCGGAGAUUUUAUCAUACGUCACGAAUUUCAUCGUCCAUUACAUCUUUAUCGCAAAUUUUAUUCCUUCGCUGAAUUCAGAUUGCAACUUUUCAAUAGGGGAAUUUUUUAAUGAAAAAAAUAGAAAAAUCCCUUUUGAUUGGAGAAAAGAUUUAUCUUUCUGGUUGCGUUUGCGCUUGGCCGCGAAUUAAUACAAACUUUAUGCAAUCAAUGUGCAUGAUAUGCAACUCCGUAAUUUGCCAAUUUAUUUCCGUCUGGUGCACUGGGAAUUUCGGGAAAACGCGUCGAGUUUAAUUUGGCAAGUUAGACUAGCACGUUUAAAGGGUAAACAAGAUACUAAUUUGAUCGCACAAAUAUCACGGUACCGUUGCAAUAUUCCUGAAGUAAAAUCAGAACGUGAUUGGCUUAUUUAUCAUUAACCGACAAUAUCGCAUUAAAGGGGAGACCGCAUUAAACCUGACGCAGCAAUUGUUUGUAUUAUUGAAAUACAUCAAGAUAUUUGUUGUAAUUUACAUAUGAAACAUUUAUGGGACUUAUAAGAUUAAACUUGGACCGGACCUUUUUUUAGAAUGUAAAACAAAACACGUCGCGGCUUGUUUUGACAAUUCUAUACAAACCCUCAAAAUCAGAUUCUCUUCAAACGCGGGGCUGCCACCAUCAUCCGGGAUUGCCACCACCAUACGUUUCUGCCUACGUUUCGACGCUCGUAUCGCUCGUAAAUCUCCGUCUGGGACAGUCGACACGAGCGGGACAGAUCGGUCCCGGCGAAAAGGGUCCCAACGAUCGCGAUAAAUCAUCGGGUCCGCCGUGCCCCGGUCAAUUACAAAGCUGCUGCUCGGUAAAUAACGAAUUACGUGGCUUUCAAUUUGCCCGCGCGGUAUAAUGGCCAUUGAAUUCCGUCGGCAUCGAAAGCUUUACGGAAUGCCCUCGGGAUCGAUCUGCGUUUGUAUUUGCACUCCGGAUCGGCUGGACUUCACACUAGGCUUUCGCGUUCUCGUUAGUCUUCAUUAGCUAAUUAACGUCGCGCCGCGCAGAACAAAUAAACAAAAAAAGAAAGGAAAGAAGAAUGGCACGGAAGCGCUAUGACAGGUGGAAUAGACGCCAGCACUGAAUUUCGACUCCGUGUCACGACGUCUGUCACGUUUCUGAUAAUUUACCACGCUGCGAUGCAAAAAGUUCGUUGCUAUAAUAACUUAUCCUAUAAAGUUAUGACAGAUUGUCGGAUUGCCAGCGAGAUAGAUAUAAUUUAAAUAUCACGAUAUUAUCUCGUCAGUGUAUUUAUCUAAAUGAUAUACAUUAUUAAUAUAGUUAUAGGAAAUUGAUAACAAUUUUGCAAACUGAAUUAGAGAGGAAAUAUCGAUGUUAUGUUACGUAUUUAUAUGAUAUUUUAUCGAGAAAUAUUCAGGAUUACUAGAUAACAUUUCUUUGUAUAAAUAUUUUGUUACACAAUUCCCAGUACACUUUUCCCGCAAUCUUUCCACAUUUCCUCGAACACGAGUUCUGCGAAAAGUCCGCAACGAUGAUAUUAAAUUACUCUGUUUGCGAGUUACAACAGCGAAACCAACUUUCAGUGUACUCGAGUCUUCUCAACAAAUUGUUUCUACCUAAGGAAGACAUACUCUGGAGCAUUACGUUGAUCGACAUCAUCAUCAUUAUCACUCCGUGAUCAUUAGUUCUAAACGAUUAAUCGAAUAAAACGAAGAAACGUUAGCAAAAAAAGGCGCAAGGUAUUUUAAGGAUGAAGGGUCGGCCUUGAAGAGCUGGUCGGGCCUGCAAGGCCUGCCGGGGAAGAACGAACAAGAGAAACCGACCACCGGGAGGGUCGUCACCCCCUCCUAAAAAAAAGGGGUCGAGGCCUGGCACCAGGUCAAAAGCUCGGUCACAAUAGGUUGCCUGCAAAGCGCUGGUUCCCGGGGGUCGGAGGCGGAGGAGGAGGGUGGUGGCAUCGGGGACAGUGGCGAGGGAGGCGGCACGAGUAUGUGCUGCGUCCUCCAGGGUGCCGAGAGAGUGUUCCCCUCCACCGGGAACGGGGGGAAACACGGGACGGGAACGGGAAGCGGCAAGGGCGCCGGCGGCACCCCCGUGGGCGCCCAGGACUUACCCCUCGAAUCACUCUGGGCGGCCGGCCUGGACGAGGGGAUGGGGUUCCCACAAAGAUGCUCCUAUGCGAAUCAACACACUACUCUCGCCGCAGCCUCUUCUAUAAGCCAUACGUCCCCUGCGAAUCCGGACGAGCUCUGGAGAGAGAGAAACCUCCCUCAUAGAACGCCCACGACCUCCACGGGGAUCGGUUCCUCGAUCACAGAUGAGAUAUGGACGUCGGCGAACGAGCGGCGAUUUUGCCGCACCUCGACCACCUCGACCGGCAUCGGCUCGUCCCUGAAUCUGCACGAGAACAAUCGCUCAUUGGAGUCGCGCGAUGGCGAUUUCUACUCCACGGAUAUCGAGGACUCCAAGGACACCUCUUACCGGAGAUUCUACCCGACCACACCGACCACUUCCGGCCUGGGCUCCUCCUCGGAUCGACAAUCCGUCGAAACGCAGUGCGGUUCCAGGGAUCUACCCGAUCAUCUUUGGGCAGCCGCGAUGGAGGACGGUUUCUCGCGUUUCAACGCCAUGAAGUCGUUGCAGACGAUCACGCGACAGCCCCGUCCGAAUCACGACUGGGUGAAGACCGAGCGUAUCUCCAGGUUCACCAAGCACCGCACCAUCAGCCAGUCGCCGCAACGCGAGCAAGAGAUCUGGUCGUCCAAGCUGAAUGAAAGCGCCGUGGUCUCCGGCUAUGCCACCCAGAGGAAUCUUGGUCCUCACAAGUGUCAUCAUCAAGCGCGCAGGAGUUUCUCCACGUCGAUCGUCGCGGAUCUCGCCGUCACGCCGGACGGAUCUCAGCAGAGUCUCGGCAGUGGCGAGUUCCUGGAGCUGGAGAGGAGUUACACCCUCUCGACCCCGGGGGGUAGCAGCCCCGUUUGUUGUCCGCCUUGCAGCCCGCCGCCCGCGCCGGCCGCAUAUAUAUCGAGCGCGCGCGCGUCCUCCCGCAGACUCGGCGCCGGAAGUGGUCCCGGCGGGCCCACAUCCCCGGAGAGGGAUCCCCUGGGAAGACUGUUAAGAUUCCUGAAGACCUUCUACAGGGAAUUGGGUACUCGCGAUCCACCCCAUCUACCGCCAUGGGCAUCCCCGUUGCCGCUCGGCAGCCUCUGUCCGGCGCACUUUCAACCGCACCUGCAGCUAGUACACAAGAGCGAGCAGGAGCACCGUCUCGAGAACAUCAAGCCCGACCAGAUCUUUGCCCCCGUCAGGCUGAGCGACGGUACCAUGUCCGAGGCGCCGCGACGCGUCGCCAUCGAGGGCGGUCCCGGAAGUGGUCGCACUACCCUUUGCCUGCGACUGUUGCACCAAUGGGCGACUCAGAGCGACGGUCCCGCUCUGGCGUUUAUCGUGCCGUUACGCGAGCUUCGCGGCAGCCCCGUCCUGAAUUAUCUGGCGCGAGAAUUGUUCCCAAGAACGGCCGCGUUGGGCGAUGCAGUCGCCCAAGUGUGGCGCACCUUGCACCUGAUGGAGGACCGCGUGCUCUUCGUCCUGGACGGUUACGACGAGUGCGUGGGUGGCCGGGCGUCGCUCGGUGAUGCGGCCGAUCUGCUGGAAGGCCGACUGUUCCCGAAUGCCAGGAUCCUGGUCACGUGCUCGCCCAGUAACUCGACCGCCCUUGCGCCCUUGGUUCAACGCAGAAUCCACCUUGCCGGUCUUGAGUGGCCGCACGUCGAGCGACUUUGCGUGGCCUACUUCAUUCAUAAUGACAUCGCCGAGAAGGCCUGCGAAUUCCUCGAGGCGCUCAAUGUACAGCCGCAAUCUGUCAGGCAGCUCGGCCAGCAUCCGCUCGGCUGGAUCAUGCUCUGCUGCUUGUAUCAGGACUCCGGAAGCCUGCCGACUGAGACAAGCGCUCUUGUGCAAGCGGCGGUGAAGUGCAUUGUGAAGAGGAGCUUAGACCCGCCGAUUCCCUAUAACGAGGAGAUUCCGGGCCAUUGUAGGAAGCGUCUCGAGGACUUCGGUAAGGUGUCCCUGGCUGCCCUAAGGGAAGGCAGGUGCUGUUACACGGAGGCUGAGUUGAGGGCGCGGGGUGGAGGCAUCGAGGUCACUCGACUCGGCUUUCUCACCAGGGGACUGACCUUCGGUCAGAGACGCAAGCCAGAUCUUUACACGCCCAUUCAUAUGGCGGUGGCGGAAUUCUUGGCGGCGUACUACUUGACCUCAGUGGCGCAAUACGCCAAUAUCCUGCGCCGCGAAUUGGAAGGUCUACCCUCGGGCAUUAUCGGUCAUCUGGCUGGCUUGCUGGGACCCAAGACUCAUCUAAUUCUGAAUCAAUUAUGCCCACUGGAAGUGCCACCCAGAGCAGUGUUCUCGUUGCUAAAGGCAGCCGGCGCUUCUGACGGCAAUAUCUCGGCAGUUUGCCGACUGGUCGGUGCGGGUCCUGGAUUCGGACCUGCACCCAACGAACGGCCCCCGGCCCCCCUCGUGCACACGUCUCCCCUGGAGCUAGAAGGAUGGGCCAGGAUUCUCGAAAGUCCCGCUUGCACACUCGAGGCGCUCGAGGUAGUCUUUCAAGUGGAACGAGGAUCCGAUCCGAGAUACCUGGACGAUUUCUUCGACGCGCUCGCUGGCAAUGAAAGCGUCAAACUCGUCAGGAUCACGUCUCUUCUGGGACAGGAGUUUCCGGCGGAUGAGGCGCAGCGAUUGGCCGGACAUCUAAAGAGCGUACUCUGCAAGAAGAAGCUCAACGACUUCGAGCUUGUCAUCACUUGUCUCGAGGAGGCGGCCCAUGAUAGACUGGAGUGCGUGGUGAACGCUCUUUGUCGCGGCCUGAGUCAUGCCUCCGGCAGCCUGUCGCGUCUGGUGCUCGACAUGAAUCUGUCCGGCGAGCAGGUGUCCCGGGUCUGCGAGGCACUCCGCGACUGCAUUCAAGUGCAGGCGUUGCACUUGCCCCAUUUGGGUUGCGGAUGCGAGGGCCUGGCUUCGGUCGCCGAGCUGCUGAAGGAACGGCCGCUGCUGGCACUCAACCUGGCCGGCAGUUGGGGCGCCAAGAACGAGGAUCCGUCCAGCUCUGGCAUCAGUUCAGGUUCAGGUUCCGGUUCUGGCAGCAGUGGCUGCGCCUCCAGCACCCUCGGUACUCUUCCGCUUAAUCGUUGCUAUUCGUCCCUACCCAGGGGUGCUCUAACGGCUUACGGCAGUUUAACGCGACCUGCCACCCUACCACGUCUUCCCCUAGGACUGGGCUUGGGUCCGGCUCCAAACACCGGCAACGGGCCCCUACCUCAAAACGAUCGGGAUCGAGAUAGCAACGGAAGCAGCAAAAGAAACAGCGAUAGCGUGCUCUGUCAUCGGCUGCCUUUAUUGCACCCUCUGCCCACGUGCGACGUCGCCAGUCAUCAGGGCACCGGCUUCCAUGAAAUAUUCAACGCUAUCAGAGAACCGAAUUGCAAAUUGAGAUCUUUAAACGUGUCAAAGUGUCUCCUGGGCGGCUUGGAUGCCGGCUGUUUAGGUGAGACCAUCAGAAGGGCUCGCAAUUUAGAUGCUUUGAGGGCUGCUGGAGCAUCAAGACCGGCUGAUGUGAUGCCUCUGGUGUUAGCUCUGACAGAAGCACCCUGCCUCCAGUUACUGGAUUUAUCUAGUCCCCGACUGGCCCUGGACGAUCAUCCUUCGAGGUUAUUGUGCCACGCUCUAGCCAGGAACACGACCCUUAAAUUGCUCAGUCUAGAGGGAUGGACUUUUCGGAUAGAGGAGUCCGAUAGUCUGGCGGUGUUCUCUGAAUUGCUGAGAUACACAAGCGUACGUGAAUUGAGUCUGUGCAACGCACGCUUGCAUUUAGCGGUGCAUGAGGGUCCUCUGUCGAGAUUAGGACGUCGUGAUGACGCCGGCGCCGAACUCUUGCGAGCUGCACCACCUCCGGCCUGUCCCGCAAUCGUCUUCCUGAGAUUAGCCGGAUUUCAGGUGACAGUGAAUGAUCGCCUAGCGCUGCGUGGACCACUGUUGCUGCCGUUCCUGGCGGGUUUCACGUCGUUGAGCGAGCUCGACCUGUCGCUGGACAAAUCGACGAUCGGCGGUAGUAGCGGCUCGCUGCUCUUCAUCGACGACAAGAUCCUACAGCAGUUCUUCUGCUGCCUGGCGGCGCACUUUCGCAGCCUGCAAUCGCUCCGGAUCAAUUUUUGGCGGGUCACCCUGGAGGACAGCGACCGAACGAUGCGCCAGAUCGCCAAGCAUCUCAAGCUGUGCGGUCUGAGCUUUCUCAGGGCGAACGGCCUGAUCGUCACCGACAGCGCUAAACGUGUGCAGAUGGAACACGUGUUCGUGCAGGCGAUCCUCACGCACUUGCAGUGUCUCACCUGGCUGUGCCUGGACGGCGUCGAGCUGACCGAGAUACAGGCCACCAGCGUAGGUAAAUGCGUGCGGGAUCGUUUUCCCGGCACUGCCCUGGAGAUCAGCGCCAAAGAUGUCCACGUGAGGUCGGUCAAGGCUCUGGUGACCGCGGCCGAAGAGGGCGGCAGGACGGAGGUGGUUUACACCGGCGGAUCCAGUUGCCGUCUGAAGAUCACGAAGGUACAGAAGGGCGGCCGGGGCAAGAAAAAAUGAAGAGCUCGCGAGCGAUAAUUUGGAGGAAGUUACACCUGGCACACAGUUUGCCUCGAAGUAAACGAAGAGAACGAAGAGAGUUGAAGAGAUCGAUUGAUCUCUUCGCGGAUGCGACUGUGGAACUGGGAGAGUUCCGAGAGAUUGGAACGGAGAAAAGACACGAAGAGAAGGAAAUAUAUGAAUUAAAUCAACAGAUCGUGAAGAAGUGAUGCGGAGAAGUGAGUGGAAUCCGGAGAAUCGGAAAA